UUUUUGAGGAAUGCAAAGACUGAUUGGAACAAGCAAGCAAGCAUUGAACUUGUUUCUUCUCCCUUUGUCUUACCAGAAGCUCCUUUCCUGUUCCUAAGCGGAGUUAGGGGGUCAAAUUGAAUUCAUUUGCAACAAACACCUUUUUGUUAAUGUUGUUGCAUUCUCUUUUCCUAUUGCCGUAAACGGGUCCUGUCCUCGCUUUUCUCACAAGCCACUGAAAAAUUUUGCACCUUUCGCCCCAAAACUUUAACAGAGGGGUGUUGUUCACCGCAAUUCCUCACCCCAAUGGAAGAAUCAAGUGAAUUGCAAUCAGAAGAAAAUAAAGUCUCCAAUGAGAAAAAUAAGAAAAGAAAGCUGAAAACACCGGCCCAGCUUAAGGCCUUGGAGAAUUUUUAUAAUGAGCACAAAUACCCCACAGAGGAAAUGAAAUUAGUACUUGCUGAGGAGUUAGGAUUGACAGAAAAGCAAAUAUCUGGAUGGUUUUGCCACAGAAGGUUAAAAGAUAAAAGAUUGAUGAAAGAUGAAGCUGUUGCUAAUGGGCGACAAGAUCGUUCAAGUGGUGUCAUCCAAGAUCGUGGCAGUGGACUUGGGCAAGAUUCAUGCGGAAGCAGUAAGCAUGCUGAUCACAGGUAUCUGGAUCCUAAGGAGGUUGAGAGCCAUGGCCUCUACAAUCACGAAUUGUCAGUUGCAGAUAUGACUCAUGGAUGUAGGAACCGUUAUCCUGAAAAUGUUAGCGGGGUGGAUGACACAUCAUCUGAGAGCAGCUCAUUUUUGCAAGAAAGGUUGUUUUCUCAAGGUCUGGAUCCAUAUGAUAUGGAGCCUUCUAGACAUCUUACACCUAACGGAGCUCUUCCACCCCUAAAUCCCAAAGGUGCAGUUAACAUGGGACACAAACCAUCAGGAUAUUUGAAAGUGAAGGGCGAGAUAGAACAUGCUGCUAUAACUGCUGUUAAGAAGCAAUUAGGAAGGCAUUAUCUGGAAGAUGGUCCACUACUUGGUAUAGAAUUCGAUCUGCUUCCUCCAGGGGCAUUUGAAUGCCAAACUGCAGAUCCAGCUAAUGAACCAUACUCUGCUACAAAUCCUCUGCUUCUGAAUUCUCCAGAAAUCUCUGCUGCAAAAAGACAACCCAGUAUUAGCUCUAGAUAUGAUUCAUAUUAUACUAAGUUUAGUUCCCAAGAUCCGCAUAUGGAAGGAGCUGACUUUGGUUCCUUGCACGAAACUGAUUUCCAGGAUAAACAAGAUAAGAAAGCGCGUCAGAAUAUAAAACAAAGGCAACCUUUAUACGGUUAUACCAAUCAUUUUCCUGGAAGGAACUCUUUCCCAGAUUUGUAUGAAGACUCUACUGGAGAAGCAUCUGCUUAUAAUAGCACCAAGAGUCAUAGAAUGAGCACUAAACAUGGUGUUGAGGGGAUGCGAUCUGAUUCUGCUUCUAACCAUAGUGAUCACUAUGAAGAGAAGCUUGCAGUUAAGCAGAAAGGCUUGAUGCUGCAUGGUUAUGAUAAUAUCAAUCUAAAGAAUAUGCAAAGGAGUGAACAUGUAAAAUCUAAACCUUCUAGUUCAAUCCGUAAUUCCCGUGUUCCUAUGGAUACUGAAGAACGGGGGUUAUCUGCUAGGAUGGCAAAGGAAGAGAUGUUUAAGGGGGACAGGAAAGCAAAAAAUACAUACUGCAAUGUAGAUGGAGCAGGGAUGCUUUCAAAUGAAAUUAUGGUUGCAAAACGAGCUAAAGUUGACAUGCUUCAACAAUACAAUGUGAAAAAAUCACCUGUUGCUGAGAUGGAACAAAGGAAAAUUCAGAGAUCUGCUGCAGACUUGCCUUCUAGCUUUAGCGAGGAUGAAACUGCUGACACCAAUUCCUCACUGGAUUAUUAAGUGAUGUUGAUAAAUGCUAACAAGUGUGUGGGAUUUCUCUAAGCCAUUGGGUAUGUACAGCCUAAAAUGACACAUACAUUUUCUCUGUAACGUGGGAACCAUUGUUUCUGGCAGCAAUGGCAGUGACUCGCUCCAUUUGCUGUUUUUUGUGCUCACCUAUUUGCCUUUGUAAAAAAAAAAAAAAAAAAAGUUCGCCCGGGUUAUUUUUUGGAUGUAAAAUCUCAUUUCCUGAAGCUGCUCGUGGUAGGUUUAAUGCACAGCUUAUAUAUUUGUCAUUUGUCUUUUAUUGGUUUAAUAUGGUAGUGUGUAUGGCAUCCUAAUUUGCUCCAAUUUGAUCUUUCUUUGGAGAGUUGGCUACUUCUACUUUAUGAUUUAACAAUUCGUUUCAUUAGUUUUGUAUUGUUUACCCAACACUCAUGUCGAUCUAGUGAGGAUAAUAUUGAUUAGUAGCUGGGAUUUUAA